CUAAAAUCUUUUACCCUUUAGCUAAGGAUGACAUCCUCUUCCUCUGUCAAUAUUUAACUAGAAGGAUCAGGCUAGGCAUCCCUUCGUUGUGCUCCCCAGCAUCCUUUUCUUCCCUAUCAAGCGCAGCACAUGGAAGUGUCGUGACCUGUUUUCUUGUGCGUGUGCUAAAAUGUGAGUUAGGCUAUGAACACCACAGGAAGAGGAAUUGUGCCAGACUUAUUCAAACUGUACCCCAGGCACUUGGCUUAACAACUGGUGUCCAGCAGAUACUCAACAAGUGCAUUGCAUCGAAGACUGAAUAAUGUCAAGAUAGGAGUAUUCAAUGUCUAAUAUGUACCAAGCGCUGUUCUCAAUGCUACAGAAAAGCAAGUUUCUAAGGUUUCUGGAGUUAAACAAACAAAAAACCCUGACAUUGAACUUACAUGGAAUAUCAAAAUAAUUAUCUACCAUAAGCAGUAUUUCAUGAAAUAAAAUAAUUUCAACUCUAUAAAACUAGGAAGCACAGAACAGAAUACUAUUUCCCUUAAUGAAAAACUCCCUAUAAUGUCUUUUUAAAAAUCUCAUUUCCUAGCUGAACGGUAAAAACAUCAUCAUUGAUUAGCUCCUAUUCAUAGAAGGCCCAUUGCAACCCACUGGUACAGAAGAGAAACAAAGUAUUCAGUGGAGAAUACCUAGCUCAAUAAGCGGUACAAUACAGUAAGGGAAAUAGAAGUGACAUGCGAUGGACAGCCAGGCCUUAAAUUGCGCGUGCUGAUUCCUGUCCCUUAACCCAACAAUAGAAAGAUAGGCGUGCCUGUAGUUGCUGGGGGACCAGGCUCGAUCCAGUGUGAAUUCCGUGAAGUUGUGCAGGGUUUUACCGUUUGCCGAGUGUUAGACAGGUUUACCUGGUAGAGUUCUCACAUUACCUCGUGAGAUACACAGAUAUUAUGACUCUAUUUUACUGGUGCAGAAAGAGGCUUGGGAAGAUUCAUGUUUCUUGCGCGACUUGCCCAAGGUGACACACAGUCCUAACAACUGGCUUAUCGCUGGGUGUAAGAUCUGGAACUCAGACCUUCCCAUCCAGGGCUCAGUCCUCGCCGCUGCCUAGAUGCGGAAGCAGGAAGGGUCAGCAGAGAAGGGUGCCCCACCGGAACGACUGGAACACCUCAGUAGGAUACGGGUGGGCAAACGGGGGCCACACGAUCCCACCGGCCUCUUUUGUCCUAAGUCCCGAGGCACGGGUGCAGCUAGAAGAGUGGGCGGUAGAGCGCAGGGAGGGGAUGCGGUCGGGAGCAGAUUUCGGGGGCGGGGCCCGCGGCCCUCGGGGCGGGGCUCCCCUCGGGUUCGCGGCCCGGCGGGUGAGCAACGGCGCUGCGGACCAUGGCGAGCGGCGAGCCUUCCCCCGGCAGCGGCGCGGCCCGGCGGCCGCUGCACUCCACGCAGGCGGUGGACGUGGCCUCAGCCUCCAACUUCCGGGCCUUUGAGCUGCUGCACUUGCACCUGGACCUGCGGGCUGAGUUCGGGCCUCCAGGGCCCGGCGCAGGGAGCCGGGGGCUGAGCGGCACCGCGGUCCUGGACCUGCGCUGCCUGGAGCCCGAGGGCGCCGCCGAGCUGCGGCUGGACUCGCACCCGUGCCUGGAGGUGACGGCGGCGGCGCUGCGGCGGGAGCUGCCCGGCUCGGAGGAGUCGCCUGCGGAGCCCGUGAGCUUCUACACGCAGCCCUUCUCGCACUAUGGCCAGGCCCUGUGCGUGUCCUUCCCGCAGCCCUGCCGCGCCUCCGAGCGCCUCCAGGUGCUGCUCACCUACCGCGUCGGGGAGGGACCCGGGGUUUGCUGGUUGGCUCCUGAGCAGACAGCAGGAAAGAAGAAGCCCUUUAUGUACACCCAGGGCCAGGCUGUCCUAAACCGGGCCUUCUUCCCUUGCUUUGACACGCCUGCUGUUAAAUACAAGUAUUCAGCUCUUAUUGAGGUCCCAGAUGGCUUCACAGCUGUGAUGAGUGCUAGUACCUGGGAGAAGAGAGGUCCAAAUAAGUUCUUCUUCCAGAUGUGUCAGCCCAUCCCCUCCUAUCUGAUAGCUUUGGCCAUCGGAGAUCUGGUUUCGGCUGAAGUUGGACCCAGGAGCCGGGUGUGGGCUGAGCCCUGCCUGAUUGAUGCCGCCAAGGAGGAGUACAACGGGGUGAUAGAAGAAUUUUUGGCAACAGGAGAGAAGCUUUUUGGACCUUAUGUUUGGGGAAGCAGGUAUGACUUGCUCUUCAUGCCACCGUCCUUUCCAUUUGGAGGAAUGGAGAACCCUUGUCUGACCUUUGUCACCCCCUGCCUGCUAGCUGGGGACCGCUCCUUGGCAGAUGUCAUCAUCCAUGAGAUCUCCCACAGUUGGUUUGGGAACCUGGUCACCAACGCCAACUGGGGUGAAUUCUGGCUCAAUGAAGGUUUCACCAUGUACGCCCAGAGGAGGAUCUCCACCAUCCUCUUUGGCGCUGCGUACACCUGCUUGGAGGCUGCAACGGGGCGGGCUCUGCUGCGUCAGCACAUGGACAUCACUGGAGAGGAAAACCCACUCAACAAGCUCCGCGUGAAGAUUGAACCAGGCGUUGACCCGGACGACACCUAUAAUGAGACCCCCUACGAGAAAGGUUUCUGCUUUGUCUCAUACCUGGCCCACUUGGUGGGUGAUCAGGAUCAGUUUGACAAUUUUCUCAAGGCCUAUGUGCAUGAAUUCAAAUUCCAAAGCAUCUUAGCCGAUGACUUUCUGGACUUCUACUUGGAAUAUUUCCCUGAGCUUAAGAAAAAGAGAGUGGAUAUCAUUCCAGGUUUUGAGUUUGAUCGAUGGCUGAAUACCCCUGGCUGGCCCCCUUACCUCCCUGAUCUCUCCCCUGGGGACUCACUCAUGAAGCCUGCUGAAGAGCUAGCCCAGCUGUGGGCAGCUGAGGAGCUGGAUAUGAAGGCCAUUGAAGCCGUGGCCAUCUCUCCCUGGAAGACCUACCAGCUGGUCUACUUCCUGGAUAAGAUCCUCCAGAAAUCCCCUCUCCCUCCUGGGAAUGUGAAAAAACUUGGAGAGACAUACCCAAGUAUCUCAAAUGCCCGGAAUGCAGAGCUCCGGCUACGAUGGGGCCAAAUUGUCCUUAAGAACGACUACCAGAAAGAUUUCUGGAAAGUGAAGGAGUUCCUGCAUAACCAGGGGAAACAGAAGUAUACACUUCCGCUGUACCACGCAAUGAUGGGUGGCAGUGAGGUGGCCCAGACCCUCGCCAAGGAGACCUUUGCAUCCACCACCUCCCAGCUCCACAGCAAUGUUGUCAACUAUGUCCAGCAGAUCGUGGCACCCAAGGGCAGUUAGAGGCUCGUGUGCAUGGCCCCUGCCUCUUCAGGCUCUCCAGGCUUUCAGAAUAAUUGUUUGUUCCCAAAUUCCUGUUCUCUGAUCAACUUACUGGAGUUUAUAUCCCCUCAGGAUAAUCUGUUCUCCAGGCUUAGGUAUCUGUGACUCUUGGGCCUCUGCUCUGGUGGGAACUUACUUCUCUAUAGCCCACUGAGCCCUGAGACAGAGAACCUGCCCACAGCUCUCCCCGCUACAGGCUGCGGGCACUGCAGGGCAGCGGGUCUUCUCCCCACCUAAGUCUCUGGGAAGAAGUGGAGAGGACUGAUUCUCUUCUUUUCUUUUUUCUCUUUCUCUCCUUUUUCUUGCUGAUUUUAUGCAAAGGGCUGGCAUUCUGACUGUUCUUUUUUCAGGUUUAAUCCUUAUUUUAAUAAAGUUUUCAAGCAAAAAUUAA